AACUCGGUGACCUAGUUAGGAGAGCACAUAUAUAUCAGCACUAUCAAGUAAAGGCAGAGCGCAGUCUUUUACUCAGAUUUAAUACGACAUCGUUUUGUUAUCGAUCGGACGUUGGAAGCAUUUUAAAAAUCAGCAGCAGCAGGGUGAAAUGGCCGCUGUGGAGAGCGGUGGAGGAUUCAGUCAGAAGCGAAACACAAACUCACAAGACUCACAGCAGCCGUCUCCUCUGGCCCUGUUGGCCGCUACGUGCAGUCGAAUCGACACCCCUGGAGAGAACAACUCUUCAGCCGAGCAGCAACAAAAUAAUCAGCAGCAGCUGGAAAUAAAUCAGGGCAUCUUUACCUCCACUGCCAACGGUUGGCAGGUUGUUCCCCUCAAUGUUCAGGCAUCCUCAGGCUCCAACACUAUCACCACUGACUCGUCAGGGGUGAUGGCCGGAGGAGACAACUGCAAGAGCAGACAGGUGCUGUCAACAUCAGCGGCAGCUGUGAGCACUCAGGGUCAGCAGCAACAGCAGUACGUAGUAGCCCAAGCUCCAUCAGUCCCAGGUCAGCAGUUGCUUACCACUAUAUCAGGCAUGAUGCCCAACAUACAGUACCAAGUUAUACCGCAGUUCCAGACAGUAGACGGUCAGCCAUUACAUUUUGCACAUGCUCAGCAGGACCCGGCUGUAUCUGCCGCAGCAGCACAAGGGCAGCAGUUUCAGAUUGUGUCCUCUCCCAGUGGCCAGCAGAUCAUAGCUGCGACCAACAGAGCUGGCGCCGCUGGGAACAUCAUAACCAUGCCCAGCGUCCUUCAGGGAGCAAUCCCCAUACAAAAUAUAAGCUUAGGCAAUGGUGUGUUGCAAAACCAGGCCCAGUUCCUGGCAAACAUGCCACUGUCUCUGAAUGGAAACAUCACGUUGUUGCCUGUUGCUACGGGUGCAGCGGGGGGAGAUGUUAACGGUAGCGGAGAGGCUGGAGGCAAUCAGCAGCAACCAGCUUCUUCUAGCAGUGUGACAGGGUAUAUGACCACCGCAUCCACUGCCACAACGCAGACCUCAUCCUCUUACGGUGCCACCCAAACACAGAAGAGUAACGGCUCGGCGACGGGCACGUUCCAGCAGAACGUCCCCAUUCAGCCAGACAACAGAGACGGCCAGCAGCCGCAACAAAUCCUCAUCCAGCCUCAACAGGUCAUCCAGGGUGGAGCGCCUCUUCAGGCCAUUCAGGCCACAGCAGGCGGUCCGGUGUUUGCAACACCAACACUCAGUCAAGAGGGGCUUCAAAAUCUUCAAAUUAUGCCAAACACGGGGCCCAUCCUCUUGCGCACAGUGGGCCCUAAUGGCCAGGUCAGCUGGCAGACCAUUCAGAUCCAGAGUCCAACAGGGACACAGAUAACUCUUGCCCCAGUGCAGUCCCUGCCCCAGCUGGGGCAGAAUCAGGGGGCGGCUGGUGCAGCAGGAAUCCCGGUCAACGCGGUGCAGAUCCCGAGCCUUCAGACCAUCAACCUUAACACACUGGGCAGCACUGGGCUGCAGAUGCAUCAACUGCCGGGAGUUCCCAUCCCCAUCACCAGCACAACAGGGGACCAGGUGUUGCAGACAGGCGGAGACGGUUUGGAUGACGGCGCACCUGUGGAGGACGAGGAUUUAAGCCCUCAACCUCAGGGACGACGAAAUCGAAGAGAAGCUUGCACCUGUCCAAUGUGCAAAGAUGGAGAGCCACGUGACCCAAAUAAGAAGAAGCAGCACAUCUGUCACAUCAGUGGCUGUGGGAAGAUCUACGGCAAGACGUCCCACCUUAGAGCCCAUCUGCGUUGGCACACGGGAGAACGCCCCUUCGUUUGCAGUUGGUCUUUUUGUGGCAAACGAUUCACGCGUUCAGAUGAGCUUCAGCGCCAUAAGAGGACACACACAGGAGAGAAAAAGUUUGCAUGCCACGAAUGUCCCAAACGCUUCAUGCGCAGCGACCACCUCUCCAAGCACAUCAAGACCCACCUGAACAAGAAAGUACCCGUCACAGGCAACAACAUCGCCGUGUCCUCCGACGCGGCUUCUCCGUCGGCGGGAACAGAAUGCAGCGCAGGAGCCGGCUCAAACAAUGACCAGCACACCAUUGUCACCAUGGAAACCUUAUCUGCAGAAAGCCUUGCUCGGUUAGCCAGCAGUGGCAUCAACAUGAUGCAGGUGGACCUUCACCAGCUCAAUGGCAACAGUUACUAGUGACGCUGAACCAUGAAUUUGGACACAAGGGUGGGACUGGGGGGGUCAAAGGGCAUGUUUCAUCAGAAACAGAACCUCUCGGAGAUGUCGGUCUGAAGGGGGUUCUCCGAUGCUAAUAAUUUGUAUAACUAAGACAGAAAUUUGAUUUACAUUCUUGUAUGUAGAGGCUUGUGGUAUUUAGGUUUCUGAGGUGGACAGCUGGGAUUAAAAUCUCAAUCUACAGAAAUCACUGUGAAAUCCUAUUUCCUCUGAAGGGAAAUGGUUUUACACCAACAUCUGCAGCCUUAUGUGGUGUAAGGCUGCAACAAAAAACACAGGUCAGCACGCGCCAUGAUGUCGCUGGAAUUCUGUUGAGGUUCUUCAAUGAAGAGAUGACACUAAGAUCGUUUUCUCUCACUGUUUCAAGCUUUGCCCCAUUUUUCUUCUACACCUCAGAGGUUUCCUGAUCGACAGGCCCAGAGUGAUGUUUCAUGUCCCUCAGGCUAACCGACAUCAUCUCAAAAUGAAACGUCUACAAAUAAUGAAAACGUCUUGCAAAUUUUCAUUUUGUUGAAGCCAGAAGCACAAACGUGUUUGUCAUGAAAUUCUUAAAAUAACUCUUUAACGUCUUUUGUGAAAACAUUCAAGCCAUCAUGCUUUAUUGUCAGGAUAGAAGCAAAGCAGAUUUUCUUUGUAUAUAUACUUUUUUUUUAGUAAACAUUACAGAAAAUUCUUAGCACAAACAAGAAUAUAUAACAUGGUUGCAGGUGAUUGUCUUUCUGUUGUCUGUUCAUCUUAUGCACAAUCAAUCUUAAUCUUAUUUUUAUAUAUGUAGAUUAAAUUUGUAAACUUCAAAGCUUUUCAUAUAAUGUUAUAAGAUCCAGAUCUUCCGGUCUCUUUUCCAUCUUUUAUCUUCCUCACAGCCAUGUCAGUGGUUCGUUUUUCCCUCUUUGGUUAAUAGUUUUCAAGUUUUGCAAUAAUGUCAAAUACUAAAUUUACAAGCUCCAGACCAAAGGUUUAUGCUCCUUUUUAUGAAAACUACUUUGGGAAUCUUUCUUUGGUCCACAAGCUUUCUAAAAGUACUCACCUAGUGAUGCAAAUGCCAAAAUUAUAACUGGAAAACAUCUAGUAAGGCUGACUGUGUGUACUCUUCCUUUACUUGUCCAAACAAGUAGCAAAAGGCAUUGUCAGAAUGUAUUUGCCUAAGUUGUUUUUCUUCAUAAUUAUGCUCUGUAUGAAUUGUAACCUGUGCAAUGCAUGUUUAAAACUUCAACUCAUUGGACAGCAAGUGCUCUUACCUCCUUUCCCCCCGUCCCCCCGUUUUUAAAUAAGGGAUUUUUUAUGUUAUACAUGUUUAUAUAACUACUGCAAAUGCCAACAGCUGGAUUAAAAGGACAUCUUUCUAAUCUCUUUGCAAA